AUGGCAAAGAACAUCUACUCUUUCGAACAGCCUGCGGCCGUAUCGGACAUCUGCGGAAAAGGAGAUGAGGUCCAACGCCAGACAAUCUUCGUCGCUUACGCUUCAACAUCAAGAUGCAAAGAAGACGUCGAAGCUUUCUAUACGGACUUAGAGAAAAUUCACAAAGAAGAUCAUACCUUAUACAGGGUCAUAGUUGGUGAUUUUAACGCCAAGAUUGACCUUAGAAGCACGACUGAGAAACUUCACAUCGGGAUCCAUGGCCUGCAAUGGACCAAACAGGGCGAGAAGCUCUCUGAGUUCAUCAUGACGACCAAGACCAUCCAUGGGAACUCGCAAUUCCAAAAGCCCUCCUCUCUACGCUGGACGUGGAAGUUACCCGGUGGAGGAUGUCGUAAUGAAAUUGAUUACAGUAAAAGGGUUCUGUCUGCCAGAUAUCGCUGCUGUGCCAAAGUUCCAUUCACAACCGGAUCAUCGCCUCCUCCGAGGAAGAUUUUCCUUCACACGGAGAAAAGAGAAGGCCGCGAGGUUCAGAGAGCGGUGCCCUACAACUAUCAUUAA